AUGCUAAAAUUUUUUUAUGAUAGUUAUAAAGAGGAAAAAUACGUAGGAAUUUUUCAAGCUCGACGACCUACAUUGAUGCUUAUAGACUUGGAAUUAGUAAAAUCUGUGUUUUCAAGAGAAUUUCAGUGCUUUAGUGAUCGAGUGUCGGUUGCAACUGACACUCAGCGCGAACCUCUACUGCGAAAUCUUGCUAACAUGAGCGGCGCUGAAUGGAAAGCAAUGAGACAUGUCGUUACUCCAACAUUUUCUUCAGCAAAAAUGAAAGCUAUGUUUCCAUUGAUAGCUGCGUGUGGGAGAACUUUAAAAGACGUUCUUUCAAAUGAAUCGUUAGAAUCAGUCAAUGUUCCCAAUAUAAUGAUGCGCUUUACAACGGAUGUUAUAGGCAGCUGUGCAUUCGGAGUAGACCCUGGCUCUCUUAAAAAUGGAGAAUCACCCUUUUUGAAAAUGUCACAGAAGAUGUUUAAAAUUGAACGGGCAACAUUACUAAAACGGUAUUGCCGAACGUUUUUUCCCAAACUAUUUAAAUUUUUAAAUCUGAGAUCUUACUCUCCCGACGUGGAAGUGUUCUUUACUACAAUCAUUAAUCAGGUAUUGGCAGAAAGAAGGUCUGGUGUUCAAAGACAUGACUUCCUUCAGUUAAUGUUAAAUGAACAGAAUUCGGAGCGAAAUUUUCCUAUGACCGAUGCUUUAAUAACUUCAAAUUCGUUUAUAUUUAUGCUGGCGGGCUUGGAGACAUCAUCUACGACAUUAUCCUUUUGUUUGUAUGAGUUAGCUAAAGAUAAAGAUAUACAAGAUACUGUGAGAAAAGAGAUAAUAGAAUGUCUAGAACGUCACAAGGAACUUAGCUAUGAUGCUGUGACUGCGAUGCGUUACGUUGCACAAGUGGUAACGGAGACGUUAAGAUUACACCCACCAACACCGAUGACGACCAGACUAUGCACUGCUCCUUGCAAGCUCAAUGAAGAGUUGAGUAUGAAAGUUAAGGAUGUCGUCCUCAUUCCUAUUCAGUGUAUACAACGUGAUGAGCGAUACUUUUCGAAUCCUGAUAAAUUCGAUCCCAGUCGCUUCGAAGAGAAUCUAUGUCCACCAGCUUUCCUGGCCUACGGUGAUGGGCCAAGGAAUUGUCCAGGAGCACGGUUCGCUCAACUGACAGUGGCGACCGGCUUGGCUAUUAUACUGAGUUCCUUCGAAGUAGAGCCUUGUGCUCAAACAACUUCAACAAUCCAGUACGAUCCAAGAAGUGUUAUGCUGAAGAACAAAGGAGGAAUAUUUCUGAGGUUUAGAGCCAUCUAA